CUCACUCGUUUGUGAGCAGCCGUCAGUGUCGCGUGUGUUCCCGUGUAAAGCGUCUAGGCAAUUUUGAAAAAGCAAAUCACAUUAAAAUCAAAUGCACAUGUGUAUACGGCAACAGCAACAACAAGAGUCAAGUGAAAAUUAAAAAAACAACCUGUGUUUCAACUGUGCUAAUUCAACUGUUUCGCAAAUCAACUCAGAGUCUGGGUGAAAACGCCUGAGAUUAAAUAAAAUAUAAACAAAACAAGUUUAAGUUAAAGCAAAAAAAAAAAAACAAAAACAGUUUCAGCUAGUGCAACGGUAACAACGUAUAAUGGCACCAAUAACCAUUGACAAUUGCGAAUUUGUAUGUGCAACAAGUGCUGAAAAUAACGUUAACUUCGAACUCAAUAACGAAAACGUUUCAAUUAAUGCCGUCGCUGCCGCGGCUAGUGAAGAAGAUGAGUCUGAUUUGAGUCAAGCUCAAGCCGAAGAACACCAUGAGGAACGCAAGACAGAGCAGAUGCCUUGGGAAGCACCUGGUAAACAGGGUCUCUACGAUCCCCAGAACGAGCAUGAGGCAUGUGGUGUGGGCUUCAUUGUCGCAAUCGAUGGCAAGCGCUCCCACAAGAUUCUACGUGAUGCUCAGACCCUCUCGGAGCGUAUGAAUCAUCGAGGUGCAUGCGCCUGCGACAACGAUACCGGAGAUGGCGCCGGUGUAUUGGCUUCGAUUCCGCACGGACUCUACGCCAAGGCUCUAGCUCAACAAGAAAUCAACUUGCCGGAGCUGGGCCACUAUGCCACGGGCAUAUUUUAUUUGGAUGUGCCGCAGCACGCUGCCGCCGAGUCGGAGUUCAAUGCGCUGGCCAGGACUCUGGGAUUGGCAGUGAUUGGCUGGCGAACAGUGCCGACCAAUCAGCAGGCCAUUGGCGUAGUGGCGCGCAAGUCCGAACCGCUGUCUCGUCAAGUGUUUGUGGCACGUCCUGCGAACAUGGAGGAAAAGGCUUUUGAGCGUCAGGUGUUUGUGCUGCGUAAGCGAGCGAGCCAUGAGCUGGCCCGGCAGGGCAGACGCUUCUACAUUUGCUCGCUGUCGAACCGCACGGUGGUCUACAAGGGUCUGUUCACCUCGGAUCAGCUCUGGGACUACUAUACGGAUCUGCGGAAUCGCGAAUUCGAGACGUACAUGGCACUGGUGCAUACGCGAUUCUCCACCAACACCUUUCCCAGCUGGGAGCGCGCUCAUCCGCUGCGUGUGCUUGCCCACAAUGGCGAGAUCAACACGCUGCGCGGCAAUGUGAAUCUGAUGAAGGCACGCGAGGGCGUCAUGCAGUCAGAGCUCUUCGGGGAUGAGCUUCGAAAGCUUUAUCCCGUAGUGGAGCCAAAUCUGUCUGAUUCUGGCUCCUUUGAUUGCGUGCUGGAGUUCAUUACCAUGGCCAGUGAUCGUUCAUUGCCCGAAGCUGUGAUGACAAUGGUGCCAGAGGCGUGGCAGAACGAUCGCACGAUGCCACAGGAGAAGCGCGACUUUUACCAAUGGGCUGCCUGCGUCAUGGAACCUUGGGAUGGACCCGCUCUAAUCAGCUUCACCGAUGGCCGCUAUAUAGGCGCUGUGCUGGAUCGCAAUGGACUGCGUCCCUCACGCUUCUAUGUGACCAAAGAGAAUGUGCUGGUCAUGGCCUCCGAGGUGGGCGUCUACGAUGUGGAUCCCUCACAGGUGACGCUCAAGAGUCGCCUCAAGCCUGGACGCAUGUUGCUGGUUGACACGCAAGAGCAGAAGCUCAUACAGGACAUCGAGCUAAAGGCAAAGAUAGCCAAGUCACGCCCACAUUCUGAAUGGCUGCAGCAGAAGAUGAUAACGCUGGAGGAGGUUCGCAAUGCCAACGUGUUGAAUACACCUGUUGAGGAGCCACCCAAGCCGCCAGCUUCACAGCGUGGAAUUUUUGAUCCGCGACUCUCACUCUUUGGUUACACAACGGAAACGGUCAGCAUGCUGCUCAUACCCAUGUUCCAGAACAAAAAGGAGGCGCUUGGCUCGAUGGGCAAUGAUGCUCCACUCGCGUGUCUGUCCGCCUUCCAGCCCAUACUGUAUGAGUACUUCAAGCAACUGUUCGCCCAGGUGACCAAUCCACCCAUCGAUCCAUUCCGCGAGAAGGUGGUCAUGUCCAUGCAGUGCCCGCUCGGCCCGGAGGCGAAUCUGCUGCAGCCAUCUGCUCAGCAGGUGCAUCGCAUUUGGCUGCACAAUCCCAUACUGAGCAUUCCGGAUACGCAGCUGCUGAAGCGCAAUACGCAUCGCGGCUGGAAGACCAAGGUGCUGGACAUAACAUUCCAGUACACCGAUGGCGUCCAGGGCUAUCUCGACUGUAUCGAUCGCAUUUGCCGCGAGGGCGUCAGCGCUGCUCAGGCGGGCUACCAACUGCUGGUGCUCUCAGAUCGCGAGGCGGGCAACAAUGGACGUGUUGCUGCAUCUGCGCUGCUUUCGCUGGGUGCACUGCACCAUCAUCUGAUUGAGACGCUGCAACGCAUGAAGGUCGGCAUUGUGGUGGAGACUGCGGAGGCGCGUGAAGUCCACCAUGUCUGCGUGCUGCUUGGCUACGGCGCAGAUGCCAUCUGUCCCUACCUGGCCUUUGAGUUGGCCCAGGCACUUCGCGAUGACGGAGUCAUCGGCCAGGAUGUCAGCGACAAGCAAAUCUAUGCCGCCUAUGCGCAGGCCAUUGACACGGGCAUUGCCAAAGUGAUGGCCAAGAUGGGCAUCAGCACAUUGCAGUCCUACAAGAGUGCGCAGAUCUUCGAGGCCGUCGGCUUGGGUAACGAGCUCAUUGACAAAUGCUUCCGCGGCACACAGAGUCGCAUUGGUGGCGUCACUUUGGAAAUACUUGCGAAGGAGGGUUUGGAUCGUUUCCAGCUUACAUACGGCAAGGUUUCGCCAGAUACUCGCAUUCUGCGUAAUCCUGGCCAGUAUCAUUGGCGACAUGGCGGCGAGGCCCACAUCAAUGAGCCCGCGUCCAUCGGCAGCCUUCAGGAGGCGGCAGUCAACAAGAACUUGAAUGCCUUUGAGGCCUUUAAGAAGACCACGCUGGACAGCGUUAAGAAGUGCGCACUACGAGGACAGCUGGAGUUUGUUACCGAUCGACAGUCGAUACCACUGGAGGAAGUGGAGUCUGCAAGUGAAAUUGUCAAGCGUUUUGCCACUGGUGCCAUGAGCUUUGGCAGUAUCUCCUUGGAGGCUCAUCAGACGCUAGCCAUUACCAUGAAUCGCAUUGGCGGCAAGAGCAAUACUGGCGAAGGCGGCGAGGACUCUGAUCGUUAUUUGAAUCAAGAUCCGGAGUUCAGUCGUCGCUCGGCCAUUAAGCAGGUAGCUUCGGGCCGCUUUGGCGUAACUGCUUCUUAUCUAGCCAAUGCGGAUGAUCUUCAGAUCAAAAUGGCGCAGGGUGCCAAGCCAGGUGAGGGCGGCGAGCUGCCCGGCUAUAAGGUGACCAAGGACAUUGCCAAGACACGCAAAUCGGUGCCCGGUGUUGGAUUGAUUUCGCCACCACCGCAUCAUGAUAUCUACUCCAUUGAGGAUCUAGCCGAGCUAAUCUACGAUCUCAAAUGCUCGAAUCCUAAUGCUCGCAUUAGUGUUAAGCUCGUGUCUGAAGUGGGCGUGGGCGUCGUUGCCUCGGGUGUGGCCAAGGGCAAGGCCGAGCAUAUUGUCAUCUCAGGACAUGAUGGCGGCACCGGUGCCAGCUCAUGGACGGGCAUUAAGAGCGCCGGUCUGCCCUGGGAGCUGGGAAUUGCAGAGACGCAUCAAGUGCUCGUGUUGAAUAAUCUGCGAUCAAGAGUGAUCGUGCAAGCGGACGGACAGCUGCGCACAGGCUUUGAUGUGGUCGUAGCUGCGCUUCUUGGCGCCGAUGAGUUUGGCUUUAGCACAGCGCCGUUGAUUGUUAUGGGUUGCACUAUGAUGCGCAAGUGUCAUCUGAACACCUGUCCUGUGGGCAUAGCGACUCAGGAUCCAGUUCUGCGCAAGAAAUUCACUGGCAAACCCGAACAUGUCAUUAAUUUCUUCUUUAUGCUGGCAGAGGAUAUACGUCAAAUAAUGGCCAACCUUGGCAUACGCAAGUUCCAGGAGCUGAUUGGACGCACUGAUCUGUUGCGCGUUGCUAGCGAGCGUGAUGAGAAGGCGAGCAAUCUGGAUCUCAAGCUGCUGCUGCAGCCGGCACUGGAGCUGCGCCCAAACACAAAUAUUGUGGGUGGCUCGGUUAAGCAGGACUUCCAGCUAGAGAAGCGUUCCGAUAACAAGCUGAUUGAGCAGGCGCAGCGCAUCUUUAGCGGCGAGGUUAACAACAUCAGCCUCAAGAUGCCCAUACAUAAUGAAGAGCGCGCCUUUGGCUCCACGCUCAGCUAUCACAUUGCCUGCAAGUAUGGUGAGGCAGGCUUGCCGCAGGGUAAGAGCAUUGACAUACAGCUGGAGGGAUCGGCUGGUCAGAGUUUCUGUGCGUUCUUGGCGCGUGGCGUCAAUGUGACGCUCAAGGGCGAUGCCAACGAUUAUGUGGGCAAGGGUCUGUGUGGUGGCAACGUAGUCAUCAUGCCGCAGGACACUGCACCUUUCGAGUCGCAUCUCAAUGUGAUUGUCGGAAAUGUCUGUCUGUAUGGCGCUACCGAGGGCAACGCCUAUUUCCGUGGCAUUGCAGCCGAGCGAUUCUGCGUGCGCAACUCUGGCGUCACCGCUGUGGUUGAGGGCGUGGGCGAUCAUGGCUGCGAGUAUAUGACGGGCGGACUCGUUGUUAUCCUGGGCUUGACUGGACGCAACUUUGCGGCGGGCAUGUCUGGUGGCAUUGCCUAUGUUUACGACAUUGAUGGUUCGUUCAAGCCCAAGGUAAAUCCAGAGUCCGUGGAGCUGCUACCUUUGCAGCUGGACGAGGAUGUGGUGCUGGUUAAGGGCUUGCUGCGCGACUUUAUUGAGAAAACCAACUCCAAGGUGGCCCAAGAGCUGCUGGAUAACUGGGCGCAAGAGCAGGAUAAAUUCGUCAAGGUCUUUCCAUAUGAGUAUCAAAAGGCGCUCAAGGAUAUGGCCGAGGAACAGGCUGAGGUGGAGGUGGUGCAACCUGGCAAGGUCGCAGGUGUGGAAAAUGGCAACGGCAAGCACGAGCCGCAUAUUAAGGACAUCGAGGAGGCCAUACAGGAUGUGGCCCUGGAGCAGAAGCGUGCUGACCGCGUCCUCGAUAAGACACGUGGUUUCGUCAAGUACAAGCGCGAGGCGGCACCAUAUCGCGACGCCGGAGACCGUCAGCAUGAUUGGAACGAGGUCUACAAUUUUCCGCAUGUGCGUAAGAACUUAAAGAUGCAGGCGGCUCGUUGCAUGGAGUGCGGUGUGCCCUUCUGUCAGUCUAACUCGACGGGCUGCCCACUUGGAAACAUCAUACCCAAGUGGAACGAUCUAGUUUUCCACGGCGAGUGGCAGGAAGCGCUGCGUCAGCUGCUGCAGACCAACAAUUUCCCCGAAUUCACUGGACGCGUCUGCCCAGCGCCCUGCGAGGGCUCCUGUGUCCUGGGAAUCUCCGAGCCGGCUGUAACCAUCAAGAACAUCGAGUGCGCCAUCAUUGAUCAUGCCUUCGAGCAGGGUUGGAUCAAGCCAGAAAUACCAGAGACGCGCACCGGCAAGCGUGUGGCCAUUGUCGGGUCCGGACCAUCUGGCUUGGCUGCCGCUCAGCAGCUAAACCGCGCCGGACACUUUGUCACAGUCUUUGAGCGUAACGAUCGUGUGGGAGGAUUGCUGCAGUACGGCAUACCCACCAUGAAGCUCUCUAAGGAGGUAGUCAAGCGUCGUGUGGAUCUUAUGGCCGACGAGGGCAUCGAGUUCCGCACCAAUGUGCACGUUGGCAAGGACACCAGCGCCGAAAAGCUGGUACAGGACUAUGAUGCACUGCUGCUGACUACAGGCUCCACCUGGCCGCGUGACUUGCCGCUGGCCAAUCGUGAUCUGCAGGGAAUACACUUUGCCAUGGAGUUCCUUGAAGCUCAGCAGAAAAAGCAACUGGGAGGCAAGCAGCCUAUCAUCUCGGCUGAGGGUAAGGAUGUCAUCAUCAUUGGCGGUGGCGACACCGGCUGCGAUUGCAUUGCUACCUCGCUGCGUCAAGGCGCCAAGAGCAUAACAACAUUUGAGAUUCUGCCGGAGCCGCCGCUAAAGCGCGCCGAAGACAACCCCUGGCCGCAGUGGCCCAAGGUGUUCCGCGUAGACUACGGACAUGAAGAGGUGCGCUUGAAAUGGGGCAAGGAUCCGCGUCAGUACUGUACCACCACCAAGGAGUUUGUCGGUGAGAAUGGUAAAAUUAAGGGCGUGAACACCGUCGAAGUUGAGUGGACUAAGACAGAGACGGGACAAUGGCGCAUGCAAGAAGUUGCCGGCUCCGAGAAGUACUUCCCGGCUGAUCUAAUUUUGUUGGCUAUGGGCUUCCUUGGCCCCGAGAAGUCGGUUCCUAAUGAGCUAGGCCUGGAGCUGGACGCGCGCGGAAACAUUAAAGCUUGCGUCGAUCAAUAUGGCACCUCCAACUCUAAAGUUUUUGCAGCUGGCGAUUGCCGGCGUGGUCAGUCGCUGGUCGUCUGGGCCAUAACGGAGGGUCGUCAGGCGGCGCGUCAAGUGGACACGUAUCUGACUGGCAAGCCCAGCGGCCUGCCCGGACCUGGCGGUGUCAUCGAUCCCACUGGACACCGAGUCUAAGAAUGCUGCAGCAAGUGUGUCUGUCUGGUCUGAUCUGUGUGCGUGCAUCGUCCCUUAGCGUAGAAAACUUGGUUUUGUUUUUGCUGUAAAACCAAUUUACAAACUUGUGAUUAUUAUUUUUCGCGAUUUAGUUUAGUUCGAAACUAAAACACACAAAAAGACUUGAGUUCAUUUACACUAUUAAACGGAAAUCGUGCUUUUUGAUUCAUUAUACAUAAUUUUAAACUCUGCGCUGUUGAUGCCACGCCCACAAGAUGGCUAUGUCGCGUUGCCCUCCAAGAAAAGAAAAAGACAGCGGUCUUUGUCAAUUAUGAGUGCAAAAUCGAAUGUUUCGCCCGCGGGCCAUAAACAAAUCCAAAUUUAAGGACAAUAACUAGAAAUGUACCGUUACAGUUAUAUAUCACAUAUAUAUUUCUACAUAUAUACAUAUAGAUGUGCAUUUGAUAUUAUCUAAUUAUUUAAUAUGUUAAAAUUGCCGUUUAAAAGAAAAAUUGGUAUGCUGAUUUAAAAUUUAUUCGUAAAUUACUUAUAUAAUCAUCUAAUGGAUACUGAUUAUCUCAGCCUAUAUCGAGUUGCAUUUGUAGUCGCUGUUUAUUUAAUGAGCCUACAUUUGAAUGUUAAUUGCAAAGUACCUACUAUUUACGAUAUGUAUGUAUUUUAUAGGUGUUUUCCAAAGCUAUAUGUUACUGAUAUUUCUAUAUAAAGUAUUAACAACUAUGCCCAACUAAAACAAUAUAUACAUAUA